CUGAUUCUCGAGCUGUUUUCUCAGGAGAUCCGAUUGUCAGAGAUCCUGAAAUCACCAGCGAAAACUGCGCCUGUAUUUUCACCCAGAGAUCGUUCCGAAGAAGGGUCCUGACCCGAAAUGUCAACUCUCCUGACCCUCUGAUGCUGCCUGGCCUCCAGCUCCAUACUGUGUUGUCCCUGUACUUUCACCGAGCCACUGAAACCUUCUCAUCUCGACCGGCACCUCCUCCUCUCCACCAAAACACGCUCACCAGCUGGUGUCAGGCCCCCCAAUGGCAAGACCGGACCCCCAGGGACUGGCCAUAUUGGUUUUCCUGGCUUUGCACCAUGCUGCUUCCUUCCAGCCCAAUUUCGGGGACAGCGUGACCCACAGCGCCAUCACUCAGAAAGCCGCCGUCCGGAUCCUCCUCAGGGUCUUCCAGAAAAUUCCCAGCCCGGAUGGAAACGUAAUCCCGAGUGAUGCCUUCCAGUCGGAGGAGCUGAUGGCAGAGAAACUCUUUGAGAGAUAUUACGGAAGGCCGACUUCAGUGUUUCACUUUCAAAACUCUGUCAAGGUGAUGACCAGCAGUAACACCAAGGUGGACUUUGUUCACGUGGCAGAAGGCAGGUACCAUUUCGAUUCAGAGACGCUGGCUGAGGGCAAGAACCUCCUGCUCAGGACCAAAAGCAAAGCAAUCAAAAAUAUCCUGCAACGCAACUACAACAAAGCAUUAAAGAACGUUGGCUCACUGCUACACACCCUCCAGGAUUUUUACAGUCACAGUAACUGGAUCGAGCUGGGGUUCCAAAGGCCACACAGUAACCUCCUGAAGUUGGGAGAAUCGUUUGGCAGGAUGGCAGGCCCGGAUGAGGAAACAUGCACCGAGUGCUCCACAUCCCACGGCUGCAAGGAUAAAAUCCUGGAAAAGGUCCAAAAAGAAAAGAUCCUGACCACUGGAUACUUUGGCUUCACCAGAAACAGUCGUCCCAAAGGCAAGUGUAGCCAUGGAGGGACAGCGGACCGGGGCAAGCGAGGGAAUCAGGGAAUUAACAAGGACACACGGAAUUCUCCGCAUGGACAGUAUCACACAGCAGCAGCGAGAGUGGCCACAGAGGCCACUGUGGAAGUUUUCCAGGAAAUCUGGGACACGGUGGGAGACCAGGCGUUCCUCAGGAACCCCACAGGGCUGGCGUUUGUAAUCGACACGACGGGGAGCAUGAGAGAUGACAUCGAAGGCGCCAAGCAGAGGACCAUCAACAUCGUGAAAAGCCGACGAAGGACCCACACCGAGCCAUCCUUUUACCUCCUGGUGCCUUUUAAUGACCCAGACUUUGGUCCCGUCUUCAAGACCAGUGACCCCGAAAAGUUUAUUGAGAAGUUGGAAUCACUCCGAGCUGAUGGGGGGGGCGAUAUUCCAGAAAUGUCCCUGUCUGCUCUCCAGCUGGCCCUCACCAGUACCCCUCCACUCUCCUUUAUUUACGUCUUCACUGAUGCCCCAGCCAAGGACUUCAGCCUGAAGAACACUAUUGUGGGCCUGAUAGAACACACCAAAUGUACGGUCUCCUUCCUGCUGACCAACGCGCUAACCGGGAGGCGCAGGCGAGCCACUGAUGAGUUUGGGAAUCAAUUAUACCAGGACCUAGCCCACAGGUCAGGAGGCCUGGCGGUGGUCACCCAGAAACAGGAGAUUUCGGAGCUGACCUCCAUCAUUGAGGAUAUGGCACACCCAGACUUGGUCACUCUACUGCAGCGGGACAACAACCAGGGUUACAGCAACAACGUCUUCACUUUCCCAGUGGACACCACCCUCAGGAAUGUCACCAUCUACAUUUCCGGAAGGCCAGCAACGUUCCGGCUAUCCCGCCCGGGAGGUAAAGGCACUAGUCAGUCGAGUGCGGAAUCCUCUGGUGAGCUGGCGCAGAUGAAACGUUUUGGUGACCUUACGGUACUUUACCUGCGUUCACCCCUCGUUGUGGGGCAAUGGGAGCUUUUUGUCUCGUCAGGAACACCCUACCGCGUAAAAGUGACAG